AUGCCUCCAGGUCCAGAAUUCACUAUUGCCAAAGACCUCAUAGUCAGAAUGACAGAAAUGUCCUCCUUCGCGGUAGUGCUUCUCGAAGUAUUCUCUCAAGUUCUUGGUCCUUGUGGUGUUGUCACUAUUCUCUGCUGUAAGCACCCUGACAUCUUUUGGGCCGAAAAGGAAAUCCAAAAACUGUUUGACGCUGAUCUUGGCCCCGUGGCCUUUCAGCAGGUCACGUGCUUCCUGCUCUGUGCCGCCAAUGAUCUGCAGAAAGCGGACCCACCAUUCCCGGUCCAGGAAACCAGUCCCUACGUGGGCUUGCAACUGGUUUUCCACUGUGCAGCGUAA